AGACACCAACAGCAACAAGACAUCACGGAUCAACUACUUUUAAAAGACAAAGAUGGCCAGCAAACUUCCAUCACCUGAGUCAAAGGAGCCAGAGCUGAGGAUCGUGCUCGUUGGAAAGACUGGAGUUGGGAAGACUUCAACCAUGAAUACCCUCCUGGGGAGACCUGGUAUGACUAAGUUAUCGGCUUCCUCGCAGACAACAGAGUGCAUAAUAGAGGAAGGAGAAUUUGAUGGACGAAAACUGGUUGUUAUCGAUACUCCAGGUGUGAUGAACACCAAAAGAUCAAGAGAUCAGGUGAAGGAAGACAUUGUGAAAUGCAUCACAUAUGCUGCUCCUGGUCCUCAUGUGUUCCUGUUGGUGUUGAAGCCAGAGGCUUUCACAACAUAUGAUGAAGAUGUAGUGGAAAUCAUUCAGAGGAUUUUUGGUAAAGAGUCCAAAAAUUAUACUUUGGCCUUGUUCACCUGCAGAGAUGAAGGUGAACUUGAUGACAAAGACAUACAGAGAAGUUUCAUCAGUAAAAAUGUUGUGGGACACCAUUCUUUCGACAAUACAGGCAAGAGGCCCACCAACCAAGUGGCUGAGCUACUGGAGAAGAUUGACAAAAUGGUUGAAAAAAACAACAGAGGGCAUUACACCAACGAAAUGUUCGAAGAGGCACAGAAAGUCAAAGACCAGGAAAUGAAGACAGUACAACCUAAUGGCAUGACAGCACAAGAUAUUGCGCAUAAAACAGCUACUGUUAUUUUGACUGGGACCGUGGGUGAACCUUUGGGACGUUUGGUGCUGGAUACUGUUGAAUUUGUGACAGGGAUAGUUGCUAAAUUCAUCACAUACAUUAUUACUAUGGGUGAGACGAGUUCUGGCCCGGCCUAUUCAGAUGUGAAUCCAGGAAAUGAGCUAAGAGGCUGUUGCUUAGAUACAGAGCCAGAGCUGAGGAUGGUGCUGCUUGGGAAAGUUGGAGUUGGGAAGAGUGCUUCAGGAAACACCAUCCUGGGCAUGGAAAAUGUAUUCCCCUCCAAGCGCAGUCUAUCAGCUGUCACAAUGAAGUGCCAUGUGGAAAAGGGGAAAAUUGGAGAACAAGAUGUGGUCGUUGUUGAUACUCCAGGGUUUUUUCACAUUGACAGAUCUACAGAGAAUUUGGUGAAAGAGAUCAAGAAAUCCAUCUCACUUGCCAAACCUGGUCCUCAUGUGUUCCUGAUUGUGCUGAGGAUUGGGGAUAAAUACACAGAUGAAGAAAUGGAAAUGGUGGAAAUCAUUCGCAGUACUUUUGGCAAAAAUGUAAUGGAUUACACUAUGGUCUUAUUCACCUUUAAAAGUAGACUGCAAGACACUGACAUAGAAGAAUUUAUUCGAUCAAAUAAAAACCUCCAUGACCUACUCUUACAGUGCAACUGGGGAUACCAUGUUUUUGACAACACCAGCAAGACUCUUGAGCAGGUCACUGCUCUGCUGGGGCAGAUCAACAAAAGGAUUAAGACACCAGGAGGAGACUUCUACACCCCAGAGAUGCUCCACAAGGCUGAAAUUGCCUUACGGAAAAAACAGCAAGAUCCAAAAGGAGAAGGAGCCCAAGCCAAGCUAGCCACCCUUCGAACUUUUGCUUUUUCUGGGAUAGCUAUCGGAUGUGUAAUGGGGUAUCUUGCUGGUGGUGGUCAGGUGACGUCCACGGUAGCAGCUGCAUUAGGAGGUGUAGCAGGUGGAAUAUUUGCAAGUGUAACAGCAGGUUUAGGGAUACUUGCCAAAGACGGCAUUGAGAAUUGCAUCACAAAGUGACUGAUUAAGCUGAUCAGACCAGUUCUUACAUGUGAAAAUAAUGUAAAGGGGAAAUCAUGGUGAUGGAGCUUCUAUUUUAUUUUUUUUAUUUUGUUAUUUCCAUAUUUCUUUAACUUUUUGGUUUAAUUUCGUUAAGUUUUUCAAAUUAUUUAUUCCCAUAUUUUUUAAUAUUGGGGAUGGCUGAUGUUUAUAGAGGCUCAUGUCUCCAAACCUGGUUAAAUAAAAGUCUUUCAAUGUCCAGAAACUCGGGAUGAAGUGACCCUUGAAUAGAUAAUUCUAAUACCAAAAACAUCACCUAGUUUAGAUGAAUGGAGAAUAUGCACAGCAUUUAAGCUUAAACAUCACCACUUUGCAUGUAAAACCCUAACAUCAGCUCAGCAGGGGAGUGACAAUAAUAACCUCCCCUAAGGGAACGUAGACGUGGACCUGAUUCUCAGCAGAGUUAUAGCAUAUACUGGAAGAGUAGGUGUGCACGACAAACCAAUUCUUACAAAUGGAAAUACAGGCAAAAUAAGGAAAAAUAAUGGUGGUGGACUUUGUAUAUAUUUUGUUUCUUCAGUUUUUUGUUUUUUAUUUUGCCUUUCCAUAUAAUGUUAACCAGAAGGCUGUUCACACAGUGGGCUAGUGGCUGACCUAAAUGUUAUGUUUCUAAAAUAAAAAAAUAAUAAGGUAGAUUAAUGUAGAAUACAUAAAGCGUUUGGGCACUGACCUUCGCCUGUGCCGUUGUGAGCAUUUUUACUUCUGCGGUGGUGUGACUGUGUCACUCUGCAGUUACACCUCCAAAACACUAGUCGGUGGCGGAGGUUUCUGUGAAGUGCUGUUAAGUUUAGUUGAUUCAAAACACACCCAAAACACAAAUUAAACAUGGCUUAAUAGAGACAAUUUCAAACACAAGUACACAAAUUGGCUUCACUAUACAGUAACUCGCAGCAUUCACAGACAAACACAUGUUAAUCCGGACACAUUUUCCCCACAAAUACUACAUGCUAACGUUAUUAGCACAAGCCUAUGGCAUUUUACAUUGUAUAAAUUAGCCUAGCAGCUAGCAAUCUUUUCAUCCUCUCAUAUAAAACCAGGGACAACGGCAACGUUUAACAAAGGUAACGGCACACAGUUUGGCUCCAUUACAACUCACAAGGUUCACAGACAAAACAACUGUCCUGCACGAAACACGUUUUCCAAACAAAUACAAAAUGCGAACGUUAUUAGCACCAGGCUAUGGCAUUUUACAUUAUAUAAAUUAGCCUAGCGACGAGCGGAGAUUUCCUCUACUCAUAUGAAACCUGGAUAAAUCCCUAAGUAUAAAUCCCUGAAGGAUAAAUCACACACAAGACUUAAAAUGCUAUUUUAGUGGAGGCUUUACUGUCUUCACAAUUUAUUGUUUCUUAUCUGUGAACUAAAAGUAAAUACAAGCUUCGUUUCCACUGAGGGAAAAUGGUGUCAGUGUGCAGCGACAGACAAGGACGUCUGCAUCACUGCGACGCGUAGUUACAAUUCUGGGGAGGUGCACGUCAGGCUAUGGCAUAGGUUACGGCGUAGGCUCUACGUCGACUUGGAGCCUACGCCGUAGCCUACGUGUUGAUUCAACGCAGAACUGUAAAAUAUAUGUAAGUCCUCUUAACUUACAGUAUAAUAAUGCCGUAUGAUACUUACCUGUUCCCUCUUGUACUUAAAUGUAGAUACAGUGGAAUGAGGGAGUAACAGUUGGAAAUUGUAGAGAAUGACUUAAGCUGUAAGUAUUUUGUGCCGGGUACUUACAAGGUAUUUUAAAAGGAAAGGUUAAAUAACUUAUACUGUAAGUGUUUUAAAAGUACUAGCCACGUACUGGGUACCUCUGAAGUAAUUAUCCCGUAAUGUGUUUCACAGUUGUGAUGUGCUACCAAUAUGGAAUAUAGUAAUAGAUGGUGUACAAAGAAAAAAAUGCUUUUCACUAAUUGCGGUUGUGACAAUAACUUCUUACAGGUGUCCCUUUGACAGGCCUGCCACACCCACACUCCAGGGAUUUAUUAUGCCUAUGUCUUGUGAAAUGGAUCUAUACUUUUGAAAAUUAGCUCCAAGCAGGCGAUGCAGCAGCUCAUAAAGGGCUGGCUGGAGUAGAAAGCAAUCUCUCCUUUGUUACGUGCACAGAUAUGGGAGGCUUGUAUUGUCAUCUAGGACAAAACAUAUAAUAAUGUAUUAAUACAGUAAUUGAGUACUGUAAUUAGACAGUUACAACGAGGUAUGUGCUGUUCUCUUCUUCUUACCACACUGUAAAAGUUGGAGUGCACGCUGGCUGAUAUACUAUCAGCUGUUUUCUCUUCCUACGCUGUUAUUAUCCUUUACUUACACAGUAAGAUUGGGGGCAUUAUAAAGUAUCUUCUGUUUUCUCUUCUUAUCCUAUUCUUAAUUUUACUUACACUGUAAGGCUGGGGGCGUGUGCUGUAUUACUAAGUUUAUACUUUUCUCCUGUUCUUACUCACAUAUUUACACAUAAACAACAAAGUAUGUGCUAUUCUUUCAUUCUUAUUUUCUAAGGAUACUGUCAUGACCCUGGGUUUUUGUUCAUAUUCUGUUAUCCUAUGGACUUUAUUUUGGAGUUUCUGUUUGUGCUCCUUGUUUUUGUAGAUUCUCUCUUCAUGUGUCAGAUCUGGUUUUACUCUGUCUUUGUGUGUUUUCCUGCCUGUUUUCUGUCACGCCUGUCUCGUUAGUUCCUCCCCGUUCCCAAAGUCUUCUCUUCACACCUGUUCUGUAUUAGUCUUGUGUGCUCCACCCUAUUGUUGCCCUCCACUCCCUUGUUGUAAGCCAAUCUCCAUUUAUCUCCUUUUGCCCAUGUCUUCCUACUCCAGCUGUAUCUCUGUCCUUCCUGUAUUCCUCCUGGGUGCAUUCUGCUGUCCUUCCUGCAUUCAUCCACGUGUUUUUCCUGUGCUCAUCCCCGUUCAUCUUGUUUUUCUGGGUUAGUUUUCAGGAUGCUUUCGAUCAGCUACAUUAAAGUUUGGUUUUUGUUUGAACUGACACGUACUGUAACAGAACGAACUGACCCUAGGAUGAACAACAUGAAGCAAGGAACACAAUCAGAAAACUCCAAAAUAAAGUCCAUAGGAUAACAGAAUAUGAACAAAAACCCAGGAACAUGAAAGAUACAGGUACAGACAUGGUUCCUGACCUGUUUUAGUCCAAAUCACAAUGAAGUAGACCACAUAAUAAAUCCCUGGAAUGUUGAUGCAGCCUGCCUACCAGAGUUUCAUCUGCAAUAAACUAAGGCGAAUGUUGUUGUUUUUAUUUUAGACUACUUCAUCUAUAUGUAGCCUAUACCGUAAUUAUUUAAGAUGUGGCACAGGUUGUCAUUGUUGUCAGCUGAUCAUACCCAGUACUUACAAAAUAUUUACAGUAUGUAAUUUCUCCUUUCUUCUAAAAUACCCUGUAGCUACACAGACCCUCCAAAAUACUUACAGUAUAAGUCAGUCUCUACAAUUCCUAAAAGUGUCUACCUUGUUCUGUUGUACCUACAUUUAAGUAGAAGAAGGAACACCAAAGCAUUGGUGCUUGUUCAUAUGAGGAUGUUACACUCUAAGUUAAGAGGACUUACCAUGUACUGUAAGUGCCAGGUGAUUACACUAUAAGUGGUGGGCUGUAUUGUAAGAUUGUACUUAUGCAUUUGGAAUCACACUUGUAAAUGCUUUUCUAAAUUGUGACAAUGUAUUACCUAUCAUCUGUUUAUGCUUAAACUGUAUUGUUUUGUUUUAUUUUGUACACAGGUCUUUCUUGAUAAAGAGAUUCCAAUCUCACUGAGGCUACAGGUUUAAAUAAAGAAUUAGAUAAAUACAA